AGGAGUUGUGAUAAUACAUAUAACGCACCUUUACUCUGAACAGUAACUCUAGCUUGCUACUUCAAAGAACUUCCAGAUAUCUGCCACCCACGUCCAAUGCGUUUGCGAGCUACCUGAGCAUAUUUGAUGAGUUAUUCUGCACAGCACUAUGCCUCCAUUACCAGGUGCUGAGUUGGUUCGAACCCCAGUCCACCUAUACAGGUACCUUCUUAGAUGUUGCAAGCAACUGCCAACCCGGGCAAUGCAGCAACAUUACCAACAUGCAAUACGACAGGGCUACAAUAGUCACACAGACGAAGACGAUCCUGAGAGGAUUCAGCGUAUAAUUCUAAGAGCUAUAUCCGAUGCAGACUGGAUUCUCAAUAAAUAUAAGAAGUAAGAAUAUAAAGAGAAAACAAGAGACUGUUUGGUUCGUUACAGAGGUUCCCUGUGGAAUGGGCCUUCAUCAAAUGGUCCAGCAUUCUGCUACUUCUCCCAGGAAAAUGAAGGUUAGUGUUUCCCAACCCUCUUCUGGGUGAACAACAAACAGUCCACGGUUGUAAACUAACACUACACUGUAUUGAACCGGUCAAGGGCUUAGAUAUUCGUUUUAUCUGUCUAGAACCAAUAUGUGGGCUUUCUGGUAGAUCCCAAGAGUGUUGAGAAACACAAACAUUGGAGUGUACCUGGCAAUUCUAUUCCUCUAAGCAAUAUUUGAUCUGUACCAUUACAAUAGUUUAACCUGCAUGUUUGACACUUUGACUAUCUUGAUUGCAAUGUGUAUUUAUGUAUUGUCACAUCUCAUCCUGCAACUGUAUUGAUUUUGCCAUACAUUACCAUACCACUCAUCAAACAAUAUACAAUAUUCAUAAAUAUAUUUUCCAUAA